CCGUUGGCUCGUAGAUCCGGGUUCCAACAGUUUUUACUAAAGAAAAACAUUUCAAAUCUAUCAUUAUUGUGUUCCUCGACCAYAGCUCCAGAUUCGACUUCGGAACCUACAUUGCUGGAACACGAAUAUUCUGACAACUGAAAACACGAAUACGAACAAGGAGACGAACGUGAACAAUGAGAUGAACAUAAACAAGGAGAUGAACAUGAAGAUGAUGAACAUGAACGGGGAUGGAAUUACAGAUGUGAAUUUGAACAUGAACAGGAACACAAAUAAGAACACGAACAGGAACAUGAACACGGAUGCGAAUAUGGAUAUCAACACGAAUGCGAACGCGAACGCGAACGCGAACACGAACACGAACACGAACACGAACACGAACACGAACACGAACACGAACACGAACACACAAUUGCAAACGAACCCAAAUACCAACAAGAAGGCAAAAAAUACAGAUACUGGUGGAAACAAAAAGAGAAUGAACAAUUCUUGUAGUCAUUCUAAUGUGAUCAACGAUAACUGCAUCGAUCCGUUUUCCGAUAUCAUGUCAACACACGACGUUACCAACCCAAACACGUGGACAAAUUUUAUCGACGAAGAUGCGGAAAACGACCUUAAURUUCCCGAUAUUCCCUCUUCCAAGUCCGGCAACGGUGUGACCCAGAACCAAACCCAGCAACAAACACAGGCGAACGAAAACUUUAUCGACACUGAGAUCGUUGAGCGGGCAUGGGCCCGCGAAUUGUAUGAGAUGAACUCGGACAUUCGGGAGGCUGUCAACUACGAACUGCACGGUGUCAAAUCCCGUGCGGCACCGGAGGGCCCAGCGGCGCUCUCCGAAGCCCUCGUACUCCUGCAGCACGAGAUCGACACCGCCAUCCCUCCGCUCCACAAGCAGGCGCACUUGCAUGCCGUCCUGCGGCUCAAAUCAAACUACAUCCAGACACCGGAAUUCCGGUUGCGUUUUUUGCGGGCCGAGCGUUUUGAUAUCCGGAAGGCCGCUCUGCGAUAUUGCAGGGGGCUUGACUACCUAUACGAGUGUUUCGGGGAACAAGCCCUUCUUCGGCAGCUGUACMUUUCGGACUUGUCAAAGGACGAGGAACGCUUUCUGAAAAAGGGGCUCAAACAGGUCCUUCCGACCCGCGAUCGAUUCGGCCGCCGGAUAAUGGCCCAUUUCGGGUCGUACAGCACCGAAUACACCUUUGAAACCCGCGCCAAGGUCGUGRYCUACCUCUGCUUUGGGGUCCUGGCAGAAGAUGUCACCACGCAACGGAACGGGGUCGUCAGCCUGGGAUUUUUCUCGUACGACAACAACGAUCUGCUCUUCGUCGAGCGGGAGAGCUUUCUGAGGUUUUUCGAUGCGGUUCCCCUUCGGUGGUCAGGUUUUCACUUGUGCAUUCCCAACAAUCCCGCGUACAGCAUUAUGAAGGCCUUGCUCUUAACGGUGAUUCCAAAAGAAAUGAGGCGGAUCACGAGGAUUCACAGCGGUACGUAGUCUUACAUAUCAUAGGAAUUUCAGUACGAUAGCGAGGCAUGAAUCAAAUAUGUCUUUCUACCAAAAUACCGGAAAUCGAACCCAGCAUAUCGAAAUGGAACAGGACAGAGACCGAUUCAUUCGGUCCAGUUUGCCCACUUUCUUCUCGGACCAUGCCAAUCACUGUUUCGGUUUGUGUUCACCAAACAACAGCGGCGCAAAGCAAUACGCGAAUGCAGCUAACUUCUUCCAUUCUUUCCUUUUGUAAAUGUUUUGUCUUUCUCGUUUCCAUUUCCGUACAUGUUUAACGGGCAUUUCGUCUGAAAUACCUUCGUCAAUCUUGUCUUUGGUUAAAAAUAGGCACGAAUCUCGAAUGCGACUACAGCCUGCGGUGCUUUGGUGUGCCCACGGAAGACAUUCCGAGAACCUGCACCGGUAAAGUCAAAACAAAGCACCUCGCGAAAUGGAUCAAGGUCCAAACAUCGAUAGACGACCACCGGAGGAUGAUGGCGCGGAACAAUUACAAUAUGUAUUACCUUACGCCGGCGACGGAACGAAUUUUUCCGGGGAUUGAAUGCCCCGAGGUCAACUGCGUUUUGUUUCGAUCGGGACGUCUGGCGUCGAGGCAUCCCGGGAAUGUUGAAUUCAGCAUAUUUUUGCAGGAAAAGGAAGCCGAACGAGAACACAUGAAGACAUUGCAACAAACGGACGACUAUUUGUACCGAAUCAUCCAACAGACGGUCAAUCGAGGAUUUCGUUUCCUGGCUUUUGACGAAACAAAAUUUUGGUACAGGGAAAUCAACAACUAUGAGGUCCUGCGGAAGCACAUAUUUCAGGCGCAGCGCGAUGUUCUCAAACGAACCAAAGCCCGUGAGGCUCUGCAGCUGAAUAAAAGCAACACGACCGUCUUCGCCGGUCUCGAUGGCCAAAAUACUGCAAACAGAUCGACGAAGAGAAUAAAAGAUAGGAUURUUGAGAACAAAGGAAGAGAGUGUUCUUUGUUCUGACCAGCCUUMAAUAGCCAAAUGUGGAUAUAGGCGCAGGGUUACUUGAAACAAAACUAUGAUUGAUGAAGGAAAGAUGUGAUUUGUUCGACGUAAUGAAUUAAUCUUCUACGAUAUA